AUGACGACAGAUAGCAGUAACAAUGUAUUUGUCGCAGCUUUGGAAGCAAAACUGCGCAACUUGGCUGGGCUAGAUGAUAAGGAACGCAGCUUAUUGAUUGCUACGAUUGCAACACCAGCCACCGAUUUCGUGACUGUUUCGCUGAAAUACAGCAAGUUCGGUUUGACAACGAUUCAAGACAUUGCCAAGUCGGCGGAGUGCAAUCAUGCUGUCAACCACGAAUAUUUGCGCAAUACCAACUAUCCACGGACGUUAUUUAUAAGAACAAAGCAAAUUGGAUUCUCGGAAUUUGGAGCGGAGGAUGCGCUAAGUUAUGCAGGAAUUGGAAAGAUCCACUUGGUGGAUGAGACCGAUUCACGAUUUCCACAACCAGCUAAGAUCGAAGAAUGCAAUGAGUAUCUGCUGCAUGCGGUGAAAGAUCUUCGCCUAAAACAUAAAUUGUAUGACCCGUUGGAAGAGGGAUGUGAAGAGACGAGGCGAGAAUUUAUAUCUGCGGUUCUUGUCCUUGCCGCAACGUUUGCCGGGGUCAAGCUUGCCUGCGAAGAGGAGAUCAACGGAAGUAUUGGAAAAGGUCCAGUUGAUUGGACUGCGCACUACGAAAAUCACAGAAUUUGCAUUACUGAAGGGAAAAAGGACAAUAUCACACAGGGAUUGUAUCAGAACCUUGCGCAGCUCACGGCUGCUGGAGAAGUUCGACGGCAAAAGCGUUCUUUUUGUGUUGAUUUGCCUCUUUACGGAAUAGCAACAACGUACCGAGAAUGGAUCAUUCUAUGUUUGGAUCCAGCAGCUGCUGAGAGUCGAGCGGGCAUUCGUUUACCGACUCUUUGA